AGGGUGUUUUUCUCAGAGCUUUUCCUUGCUUUUCCCCUCCCCACAGCAAUCAGCCAAGCUGGGAAGAAGAGAUUGUCUCUGAACUCAGUAGUGUGCCAUGAGCACAGAAGACUGAUAGUAAACAAGUAAACAGAGCUGACAACUGCGGUAACUAUAGAGGCAAAGCCAGCUCAGUGACAAAAAUGAAGACUGUUCCAGAGACCUGUGACCAGGAGCUGAGAACAGGUGCAAAGAAGGAACGAUGUCUUCAACGGAAAAGCCUACUUCUGUGUGCACUUCUUCUCAGUACUCUCCUUGGUUUUACAUUACUUAUCACCUACAUCAUGAUGACUUGUGGUCUAGGAUCAUGUGAUGCUGAGCUGAGGCUUGCACUGUUGUCCAGACUCCUGAAUUCUAGGAAUGAUGCUGUAGACCCCUGUGAGGAUUUCUACAAGUAUGCUUGCAGCAACUGGGAAAGCAAUCACUCAAGCAGAACCACAGAAGAGUCACGAAACGUCUUUGAUAUAUUGUUGGAGGAAAAUCAGCUUGUCCUGAAAAGGCUUUUAGAGGCCCCACAGUUUGAGAUAAGAGGCUCAGCUAAAGAGAAAGCAAUCCAGUUCUAUCGUUCCUGCAUGGAUACACAAAAGAUAGAAUCCCAAGGAAAUCAAACAUGGAAGAACCUCCUAAAUCAGGUUGUUGGAUGGAACAUCACAGGCAUAGGGAAAGCAAAAGAUUUUAAUGAAACUCUUCGGAUUCUCAUGGGCAGAUACAACACCUUUCCCUUUUUCAGAGUGCAUGUGGGACCUAGUCCUUUUGAUCCCAAGACCAAUGUAAUUCAGAUUGACCAUCCUGAGUUUGAGAUGCCACCUGAGAGUAAAUUCAAAGAGAAAAAUUAUCCUGAGGUUCUCCGUGUCUAUCUCUCAUACCUGGAAAAAAUUGGAGGGCUACUUGGAGGUCCACAGGAUGGUUUCCCUCAUUCAUUUUCCCUUACCUUGUCCUUCAUCUCUAAACUCCAGCGUGUUGUUACCCCACUGCAGGAAAGACAGCAGAGGGGGAUGCUGUUCUUUCGCACUAACAUUAAGGAGCUACAGGAAAAGGCACCUGCUAUUGAUUGGUUGUCAUGUCUCCAGGCCCUCUUCCAUCCUAUGCCAAUGAACCUUUCUCAGCCAAUUGCAGUGCAUGACAUGGAUUACUUAAGAGGCAUGUCACAGCUCAUUGAAGGCUGGAACAAUAAAAGGGUUCUUUCCAUCUAUAUGAUUCUUUGUCUGGUUGGGAAUCUCUCCCCUGCCCUUGACAGCCGAUUCCAAGAUGCACGCUUGGAGCUAUAUAAGACUCUUCAUGGGAAAAUGGGAUCUAAAGUGACCCCAGCUGAGCGCUGGAAGAAGUGUUUGGCUGAUACCAGCUCUUUCUUUGAGCCAGUCCUAGGGCAGAUGAUUGUGAAGGAAAUUUUCCCUCAGCAAACCAAGAAACUUGCUGAAGAGAUGUUCUCUGAGAUCCAAGAUGCUCUCUACAGCCAACUGGAUCAGUUGGAGUGGAUGGAUGAGCAAACACGCCAACAAGCUAAAGUUUUGAUGUCCACGCUACAAGUGGAGAUUGGCUAUCCAGCUUACAUACUUCAGACUGCCAAAGUGAACCUGGAAUACCAGAAUCUGGAGAUAAAUGAAGACACUUUUUUCCUCAAUGUGGUGGCUUGCUUGAAGACAAUGAGGGAGAAUUCCUACUCAAAACUCCUUCAGCAUCAUUCACAUGUUAACUGGCAGGUGUCCCCCUGGGCUGUCCAUUCAUACUACUCACUAAGGCACCACAUGGUGGUCUUUCCUGCUGGAAUGUUCCGCAGCCCUUUUUUCCACAUGGAGUUUCCCAGUGCUGUGAACUUCGGAGCUAUUGGGGUCUUCAUGGCACAUGAACUUCUUCAUGCAUUCUAUGGUUAUGUGCUGCCUGGUGGCUGUCCUACAUGCAACAGCAGUGUGCUACAGAAAUCUAUAGAUUGCUUUGUUGUACAGUAUGAAAGCUUUGACUUUAAGGUCAACGGUACUCUUACGCUCUUGGAGAAUACAGCUGACAAUGGAGGGCUUGCCAUUGCUUACCAGGCCUAUAAGAAUUGGAUGAAUAAGCACAAACAGGAGGAUUUACCCAAGAUCGGACUUUCACACGACCAGCUUUUCUACUUCAGUUUUGCUCAUGCAAUGUGUGGACACCAGGAUCCUGAGGAAUUACAGUCUUCCUUGAACACAGAUCCACACAGUCCCUUGUCACUUCGCAUCCGUGGACCUGUUAGCAAUAGCAAGGACUUUUCCAAGCACUUCCACUGUCCCAGUAGAUCACCAAUGAACCCAGACAGCAAGUGCCACAUUUGGUAAUCUGUACGGAGGAGGAAGAACGAUACAACUCCAGGAAGAUGAAGGCCUGACCUAUGCAAGUAUGACCCACGGGGUCAUACUCAGAGCCCAUGGGGUGACAUGGGGCUUUUAUUCACUCUUCUGCCUUCUUUUUCUUGAUAUCCUUUUCUUGUCAGUUUAUGGUAGCAAAAGCCUCAAAUUGAGCUCAUAAGGGGAAAAGGUGUCUUCCCACUGCUCCCAGCACUGUCCCCCAAAUGGGACAACUCUGUAGACCAGUAAGUCCCAAGGUAAAAGGAUGACUAGACAGUCUCUAGUAGGUAAGAACUUCUGAUGAGUUGUAAACAGAAGUACUGUUACAUCAUCAUGCUAUCUGUUCAGUGCAUUUCCCUGUCUAUUCUAGCAACCUCGGUCAUGUUGAAUGGGCACGGCAAUAUAUUAGACUCCUAAGAUUUGAUCAUACAAGUUUGUCUCUUCGGAAAAUUCUGUGUUACUAUGCAAACUACACAUGUAAGUUAUCAGAGAAGGAAGAGUCCACUUCUAUUCAAUCUGCUGAUAACUAGUAGGGAAAACUCAGUGGCUGCAUUUUCUAGGCUGGAAGAUGAGUUACUAAAUAAUGAAGGUUACUCAUGUAAUCUAGGAAAGCAUCAUCUUCGAGGAAAGUGAGACUGGGAGCUGAGAACUAAUUCUCUUUCUGCUUUGUUUCUUUUCCAGCAAGAUUCCUUUUUUAUUUCUUAGUCUCUGUUUAAGGUUGAGGAUAUGGUUAAGGGUGAAGUGUGGAACAGUAACAGGAGUUGCUAGGGGUCUCUGAAGAUCAUUAACUUGAAUAUUAAGAAUUCCAAGAACUUCUCUGGACCCAAACCAGUUUCUCUCAUCCCUCCUAGUUUUCUUAUCCCUGCGUUUGUAAAUAUUUACCAUCCAAAAAGACGAGCUUGUCAAGCAUAGAAUUUCACCGUCUACUUGAAACUGAAUUUUAGAUAUUAAUUUACUUCAGAAAAAAUAAAGAGUAAGAAAUAAUAUAUUUUAGGGCAGCGAGAGACAUGAUUAAAGCACAUUCUCAAGAACAACAUAUUAAUUUCAUCAAUUUCACCUUCUGAUAAUUUAAAUAUAUAUAUAUAUACAUACAUCCAUCUUCUACACAUUUUACCAAAAUUAAUAAGUAUACAAAACUCUCCUUUUUGCAUUAACUUCAAACUGCUCCAUUUAUUUUACUUAAUAUAUUGUAUGCCUUGGGUUUGUUUGUAGAAUAGAUGAUGGCAAGUGAAAACACCCCUUAUCAAUAUAAGCAUAACGACCAUUAUGGAAAUCUUAAUAACUGUGUUACUCCUUUUGAGGUACUGACCAAUGCAGCAAAGUAUUUUCCAAGAGUUGACUGUGCAGAGAUUUUUUCAUUUAUUAAAAACUAAAAUUUUAAUAAUGAACAUGCUUCAGGAAAAAAAACAUACUUUGAUUAGAAACUCUUUAUGGCCAGGUUUUGUUUCUUUGUUCUUUAUUUGUACAGUUCCCAGCAUAACCAGAGUUUGUAGCUAAACUUCACUAAUAAUAAAUAAUUCCUCAGAAUAACGGGAUUUAUUUACUCAUCAUAAAAAAUAACAAAAUUCAAAUUUUGCUUAUCUUUAUCUUUUAAACAGUGCAUGCUACUCCUCUACUUGCUUAAUUAAAUUUAUCCUACCAGCAUGUUCAAAAUGUUUGGUCUUUCUAUCAGGUGCUAUAAUAAUUAGUUCUAUGCAUCAUUAUAUCAGAACUUGUGUGUAUUAUAGCAGUUAUUUCACUGGACUGAGACAGCUUGGCUUCUUUGUUUAUAAUGUGUAUAAAAAGCAAAGGCUCGUCUUAAUGAGAUUUUUUUUUUAUUUUUAUUAAUUUAUUUUUUUUUUACCAAAUUAGAACAGGAUAGAACCAAGUAGUUCAACUGGGGAAGAGAUCUUCAAAGACCAUGUAGUCCAACUGCCUGACCACUUCGGGGCUAACCAAAAGUUAAAGUAUGUUAAUGAAGGCAUUGUCCAAAUGCCUCUUAAACACUGACAGGUGUGGGGCAUCAUUCCCCUCACUAGGAAGUCUGUUGCAGUGUUUGAACACCCUUGCAGUUAAGAAAUUUUCCUAAUAUCUGGUCUGAACAUCCCCUGGUGCUGCUUUGGGCUGUUCCCUCGUGUCCUAAUGUUGGUUAACAGGGAGAAGAGACCAGCACCUCCCUCUGUGAUUCCCCUGCUCAGGAAGCUGUAGAGAGCAAUCAAGUGGCCUGUUAGCCUUCUUUUCUCCAGACUAGACAAAUCAAGUGUCCUCAGCCUCUCCCCACAGGAUGUGCCUUCCAGACCCUUUACCAGUUUUGUUGCCCUCCUCAUUCAAGUAUCUUACUAUCAUUUUUAUAUUGCGGAGACCAGAACUGUACAAAAUGUUCAAAUUGAGUCCACUCCAAUGCUAAACACGGUGUAAGAAUCAUCUCUUUUGACUGGCAGGCUAUGCUGUGUUUAAGGCACCCCAAAAUGCAGUUUGUUCUCUUGGCUGCCAGGGUGCAGUGAUGCCUCAUGUUAAGCCUACUGUCAACCAGCACUCCCAGAUCCCUUCCUGAUGAGCUGCUCUCUAGACACUCUUCUUCCAGCCUGUACCUGCGUCUGAUAUUACUCUGUCCCAGGUGCAGAACCCAACAUUUUCCUUUGUUGAACUUCAUGCCGUUGCCAAUUGCCCAAUGCUCCAAUUUGUCUAGAUCUCUCUGCAAGGCCUCUCACCCUUCCAGAGAGUCAACAGCCCCUCCCAGUCUAAUGUCAUCAGCAAACUUGCUGCAUUCAACUUCUGCAUCCAGAUCAUUGAUAUAAAUGUUGAACAGGACUGGCCAUAGAAUUGGGCCCUCGGGAACAUCACAGGUAACUGGCCAUCAAACCAGAUAAAUGGCUGUCACUAUAAUCCUAUGAUCGCUAUCAUCGAGUCAGUUUAUCACACAGUGUAGAGUGAACCUUUUCAUGUCACAGUUUAAAAGUAUGUGAGAAAUGCAAGAAGGGAGGUCUGGAUUAGAAAACAAUUGCAUGAGCCCUUACUGAAUUUAUUAGUUACUUUUUUCAAGGGGAGAAGAAAGAAGAAGCACUUUCAAUAUGUGCAGAAGGUCUCUGUCCUUUUUUCUUAGUGUUGUGGAUUCAGUGGGAUGCGGGUGGUGAAAAGAAGCCUUGCUGCCUAGUAGGUGAUCUUGAAACACAAGUAGAUGUUCACAUUGCCAUCAUCUGUGACCACAACAAUGAUUUCACACUUUAUGUCAUGCAUUGAAGAAACAGCAAGGUGAUGAUAAUGUUCAAGAAAAGGGCCUGAUUCAACAGCAGAUCCUUCACAGCUGAAUUCCUCAGUCUCUGAUAGUCCUCUUGUUGGACCAUAUUGAUCAGCUCCAUUCCUUCUCCUGUAGACGAAGCCACAAAUGUUUCUUCCAUUUGCUCCCAGCCUGCAGCUAGAGAUGGGUAUGGACAACAUAAUUUUUCUCCUUUCUCCCAUUUUGUAUUAAAAUAUUAUUUUGGACAUUUUUGAACUUUGAGUCCUUAGCUCUUUUCUCUACCUGCUUUCUAAACUUAAGACUUCACUUUACCCUUACUGCGUGUCCAUUUUCUCCUUCAUAGUAAGGAGCUUUUCAUUCACACCACUCUCUGUCUCCUUCCCUUGGUCUUUCCUUGGAUUUAUUCUUCUCAAUUCUGUAUGCAUUCCUCAAUGCUCACCCUCCCCACAGUGUUCUCAUAAUUCGCAAAUGUUGUUCCUCGAUGUAUGUGGGUAUGUGUGUAAACCUGGCCUGAAUUUCUCUCCCUCUGCCCUCAUAUGUUCAUGCCAUUGUUACAGGGUAGUAAGCUGCCAUUGAGGAGGGGGAGACCAUCUUUAUUGCUAUUUUACCACGGGAACUGAGGUACAGUGAAGCAAGGCAUUGGAAGAACCGUGUAAUGGCAUCUGGAUUCCAGUGGUUUGUGACUUGUAGGAUUUUUUUUUUUUUUCAUCUUUUCUCAACACAAUCUUUCCCAUUCUCUUGUUACAAGUGUAACAGGAAUGAUUUUCUCUUCCCUCCUUUUCACAUUCUUGCGUUUGGGUAGUUUCCCCAUUUCCUUCUCAACACACCUUCUCCCUGACUCUUGCAUGUCUUGCUUUCUCUCUUCCCAAGCUGGCCCAGCUUUUCAGACUUGUCCCUGAAUUACUGCACUUUGAUCCUGUUUCCUGGGUAUACUGUGUAUGGGUAUGCUUUGUCUCUUUGUCUCUUUGUCUCUUUCUCUCUUUCUCUCUUUCUUCUUUCUUUCUUUUUAAGAGUGACCUAUUGUCACAUUGAGAGGAACUGAUCACUUCUGAAAAAGAUGGGAGAACUUUAGGAGAACCACAAUUCCAAAGAUAACAAUUCAGAUAAAGGUCCAGAGCCAUUGCCUUUUCCAGGGCACAGCCAGUCAUUUAUUUAUUUAUUUAUUUUUCCAGGAAUUAAGAACAGUAAUUACUGACUUGCCAUUGGGUAAUUUAAGUUAUUUUAGAUACUGCUCUUUCAAGCACUGAUCUGAUUUUGCAGGGAGUUACGCAUUAGGAGCACUUGUUUCUUAUUGCAGGUGGGAUCUUCUAAGAAUUGUUUUCUCCUUAGAGUUUUAACUCUUGCCUUGGAGAUUCUUAAAGAACUUUUGGUUCCCUGCUUCCACCAUGCUCUGAGGAAGCUCAGCUCUGAUCUCCCCCAUAUCCCUUACCAGCUUGACCUGGAACCCCAUCUUCUGCCCAUGGUUCCUGGAGCUUCAUUUAAGCUCAGGCCUGGGACUCCAGCCCCUUUCUGGGGCAUGCUGUAAGCAAACCUAUCUCCAGCUCUAGCUUCACCUUAUCUGUUCCUGGAGAGGGACCCUAUUAUUCUGUCUCCCAACUUGCAGACUGACUUCUUGACUUGGCCUUGAAUGUGUCAUCACUAUGGGCUUGCCUGACAGACACUGGACAGUCUGACUCUGGUUAGUUUCAUUUGUCCUGAUCCUUUCAUCUCCAGCUUGACCAUUGAUCUGCUGCAUAAUCAUGGACUUGUCCAAUGAUCUAUAUUCUUGACUGACUCUAACUAGUAUUCCAGGCCUGCCUUGCUUGCCUUGGUGAGCAGACACUUGUCUACUGGCUCUUUGUCCCUUAGAAAGCAGCUGGAACUCAAUGAAAAUUAGCUUGGGUUUUCCUGAGCCCUAAGAUGAACAACAUGGAGCCGCACCCACCACUGAGCAGAUCCUUCCAAAGGAUCAGCCUGUUUCUGGGCACUGAUGUCUUCAGUGCCCAUCACCUACCCAGCCACUGGGACUUUGAGUGAGGCCCCCUGCACCCCUAGUAUGCCCAGUCUCUUGUGCUCCCCUGAGGUGGCCUGGACCCUUCUUUUCAAGCACACUAGGCUUUAAGUCCCCCAUAUGCCAUGUCCACUUCCCAGGUCCUUGUCACUUUUCCUGGCUCUUCACCAUUGGAAAUUGACCUGUGGCACCCUGUAGCAAUUAAAUCAUUCUACAGCCUGUCAAUUCUAAACCCUCACUCCAUAUGUUGUGAGAAGAACCUACUGAGAAUGCAGGCUGCAGUCAGGGCCAUGAGUGAACUGAGACCUUAAUAGUCCUGACUUGCCUAAGCUUGUGCAUCCUCCCACAUUUUCUGUGUGGUUUAAGUGUAGGGGUAGGCUGUGUCUGACCCUGGUUAUUGUCAUUGAGUCUGAUCCUGGCACUGACUGACUUUCCUGCUUGAACUCAGACCUGCCUCACCAUCAUGGACAUGCCUACUCAUCUCUUCCCCAGGCCUGUCCUUAUUGCCCUGUUGCUGCUUCUCAGGGGCUAUGGGGACUGGGCCCUGGUGGGUGAGGGCUCUGCCCUGCAGGUAUUGUUAUACUUGGUGGCUUCUUGUUCCUUAGGGAACAACUGGUCCCCAUCAUCAUUUCACAUCACUUUUCACACCUCUUCUGCAUUUGUCUCUGCAAAACCAAGUUGCUGUGUCCAUAUCUCAUCUCAUCUUCUACCUUUCUUACUCUCUAAGUCUCCUCUUUCUUAUCCUCCCACUUCAACAUGUCUUCUCACCUGCUGAUGGACUGUUUCCUUCUUGCUGUCCCUCCUUGGCUGUCCUGGUCUGGCUUUCUAGUGGUAUGAAGGCAUUGGAGAAGACGAGGCAGUAAGUGGCAAGGAGCAUAGACACCAGAUAGAUGGCAUAUCUCAAGGAAACCAUCAGGGUUGGAUUACUCCUCAUCCAAAUCUCUUGUCCACUUGACACACUUUUGUUCCUCACCCCCCUUCAGCUAACAGUCAUAAUUUCCUUAGCAUCACAGUCCUGGGACACAUUGUGACAUCACUGGGCUCUUCUGAUAUACAAAGGUUCUAUACACUUUCAGGCAGAAACACCAUGGACUUUGCCUCAUAGUUAGCUAACAACAUCCUAAAGCAUGAAAAGAGUGUGAAAGAUUUUAGGAAUCAGUGAGAGUGUGUCUUUCUUCAAAGUUAGAAAGAGAUAAAUUUGAAUGGGUCUACAUUUGAUAGGACCAUAAUAAUAGAAGGUCACCUAAUAUGAAAUAUCAUAUUUCAUUGUCAACAUUUCUUUAGCCACUCCUUUCAAGAAGUGCCCAAGGUAAUUCUGAAGUUGGAAUAUAUAUCUAUAUAGAUGGAUAGAUAAAAGACUGGUACAAUUGAAAGGGAAAAGAAGAUAUAAUGUCUAUUGCUUUUGUGUAUUUCAUGUUCUUUGGGUCUUUCUGUAGAGAGUAAUACAUAUCAAAAAAUAAAUAAAUCAGAAUUGUAAGCAUGUGUUCUUAAAUGCCCUCUAGAUGGUGAUCUAACAAUAUCAAAUGCAGGAACAGCUGUUCUUACAGAGUACCUAUUCUAGGGGAAAACAAACAAAACAAAACAAAACAAAA